AUGAAUCUGUACUGGUUUACUUUUCUCGUUUUAUCAAAUGUUAAAACGAGUUUUGCUGCUCGAGGAUUUUCUUUUGAAAAUCUUGGUAGCUUUUGUAAAAAUGAUACACCACACGGUACUCCGAAUCUUCUUCCCAUUGAAACAGGUGCUCCUCGAUUGAUUCGUAAUGUGGAAAAUGGUUCACUCUACCAGAUUGGUGUUGGUGAUGAUCAAACAUGGCUUGUCCAUCUAUGGGGCAAGAAUGGAUAUGAUUAUGGAUUUGCUUAUGGAACGCUGUUAGGAGAACAAAUUACACAAUUCAUGCCAAAGGUCUAUGCAUAUUUUGAAAAAGAAGUGACUGAAAAACUUGAACAUUUACCAAUACCUGAAUCGUUGAAAGAACUGAUCGCAAAGAAAGGUUUAGCUUUCGCUUUAGAUGUUCAGAAUUCCUUUGUUAAACCUUAUAUGGAUGAAGAGAUCUACAAUGAGAUCCGUGGUAUAUCGGACGCAGCAAAUAUUGAUUAUAAACUUUUAGUACAUAUUCAUAUGUUUGGAGAGCUAACACGAGCUCACUGUUCAUAUUAUGGUGCUUGGGGUAAAGCAACAUUGGGCGGUAAGACACUUCAAUUACGUGCAUUCGAUUGGGAUAUGCAUGCUGGUCUCCAAGAUUAUCCAGUCAUCACGGUGUAUCAUCCUCUUUCAUCGAAAUUAGGCCACACAUUUACUAACAUUGCAUGGGCAGGUUAUAUUGGUGUACUGAGUGGUAUGUCUUCAUCAUUAUUGGGCAUGACAUCGAUUGGUGUUGAACUUCCCGAUGAUACAUUCGGUGAUGAAAGCAUGUCGGGUCAACCUUUUAUCUUUGUUUCGCGUUAUAUCCUACAAUUUUCUGAAACUGUUGACGAUGCACUUUCAUACAUUAGUAAUGUUCGUCGAACAUGUCGUUUAAUUGUUGGUAUUGCCGAUGGAAAACUAAAUACUGCUCGUAUGAUACAAUAUUCACAUUCCAAAGUCAGUUUUUUUGAUGACGUCAAUUUGCAACCAGCAGCGGAAUGGCAUCCAACCAUACCAAAUAUUGUUUACAACGGCAUGGAUUGGUUAUGCCCAUCAUAUCAAUAUAAACUCUACGAACAACUGAUGAGCGAAUAUGGUAAAAUAACAGCAGAAUCAACGAUUGAAAACAUUUCUGCCAUCGUUAAAACCGGCGAUGUUCACGUAGCUAUUUAUGAUCUAACGGAUAAUAUCUUAUAUUUGGCAAAUGGUGGAAGUCCUAACAAGCAAGGACCUAAGCCAGCUUAUCAACGACAAUUUAAUAAAUUGGAUCUCAAAAUCGAAUACGCUCGUUCACAACCAUCCAUCAAUGAGAUUGAAAAUUUUCAUUGA